AUAGGGAAUUGAAAGAUACUCUACGAGACUUCUGUUAGCUCUCCCAGUCUACUCAAAUAUUGACCAAAAUCACUUCGAAAGGCUUCCUCUACAGGCCUGAUUCUAUGCACAGAAUGGAGCUCUGGAACUCUACCUUGGGAAGCGGCUUCAUCUUGGUGGGCAUUCUGAAUGACAGUGAGUUUCCCGAGCUGCUCUGUGUCACAAUGACAGUCCUGUACAUGCUGGCCCUGACCAGCAAUGGACUACUGCUCUUUGUCAUCACAAUGGAUGUGAGACUCCACGUGCCCAUGUACCUCCUACUUAGGCAGCUCUCUCUCAUUGACCUUCUCCUCACAUCAAGCAUCAACCCCAAGGCUAUCACAGAUUUCCUGCGCGGAGAUAACACCAUCUCCUUUGUAGGCUGUGCCCUUCAGAUGUUCCUGGAACUGAUUAUGGGUGGAGCAGAGGCUCUCCUUCUAGCAUUUAUGGCCUAUGACAGGUAUGUGGCUAUUUGUCAUCCCCUGAACUACAUGAUCUUCAUGAGACCAAGUGUCCUUUGGAACAUGGUGACCAUAUCAUGGAUCCUUGCCUCUGUGAGUGGCCUGGCAUAUACCAUUCACAUUAUGCACUAUCCCUUCUGCAAAGGCCGGAUGAUUAAACAUCUGUUCUGUGAGAUCGCUCCUCUGCUGAAGUUGGCCUGUGCAGACACCUCCACCUACGAACUCUGGGUGUAUGUGAUGGGUGUGAUGUUCCUUAUUCCCCCACUUUCUGCCAUUCUGGUCUCCUACAUGCUAAUUCUCUUCACUGUGCUCCACAUGCCCUCAAAUGAGGGAAGGAAGAAAGCCCUUGUCACCUGCUCUUCCCACCUGACAGUGGUUGGAUUAUAUUAUGGGUCUGCCAUGGUCAUGUAUGUCUUUCCCAUUUCCUUCCAUAGUCCCAAACGAGACAAUAUCCUCUCUUUUUUCUACACAAUUGUCACCCCAGCCAUGAACCCCCUCAUCUACAGCCUGAGAAAUAAGGAGGUCAUGGGGGCUUUGAAGAGAGUCCUUGGGAAAUAUAUCCUUUCUUCACAUUCCAGUGUUUAG